AUGGGACAUAAAGGGGUAAUGGAGAAUUAUCCCAAGAAGAAGAGUAGCUGUAGCAGUAGUAGUACUAGCCAGAAGGAAAGGAAUAAAGGGAAGGAAGAAGAGAUGAAGAGAACUUCAAGUAAACAAUUGAAGGCUAUGCUUCGCAAGAAUUGGCUUCUGAAAGUUCGGCACCCUUUUGUUACUCUAAUGGAGAUUCUGCUUCCUACUAUAGUGAUGCUAUUGCUGAUAGCUGUGAGGUCUCGAACUGAUUUGCAAAUACAUCCAGAUCAGCCGAAUAUUCAAACAGAUGUGUUUGUGCAAGUGGGCAAAAGUGACAUAUCUCGGCCUUUUUACCAAGUUCUUGAAUAUCUGUUGGCCAAAGGCGAGCACCUAGCUUUUGCUCCUGACACAAGUGAGACAAGGAUGAUGAUCAACAUUUUAUCUCUAAAAAUUCCUCUGCUGAAGAAUGUUUCAAGAGUUUACAAGGAUGAGGAAGAGCUUAACACGUAUAUCAGAUCACAAUACUAUGGUGCUUAUGACCGAGAAAAGAACCUCACAAAUCCUAAAAUCAAAGGCGCAAUUGUGUUCCAUAGUCAGGGGCCUGAGAUAUUUGAUUACAGCAUAAGGUUGAACCAUACUUGGGCUUUCUCAGGAUUUCCUGAUGUUAAAAAUAUCAUGGAUGUGAAUGGUCCUUAUCUCAAUGACUUGCAAUUGGGGGUCAAUCCAAUCCCAAUUAUGCAAUAUGGCUUCAGUGGAUUUUUAACACUCCAACAAGUUGUGGAUUCUUUCAUUAUAUAUGUUUCUCAACAGAGUAUGGCCAACUCAUCCAUUGGAGAUCUUGGUGUGCCAGAGCAGUCUGCCAGCUUAAGAUCUGGUCUUACUGUACCUUGGACACAGUUUAGUCCUACAAACAUAAGCAUUGUUCCAUUUCCAACUCGUGAAUAUAUUGAUGACGAGUUUCAAUCCAUAAUCAAGAAAGUAAUGGGAGUUCUGUACUUGCUAGGAUUUCUCUAUCCAAUAUCUCGUUUGAUUAGCUACUCCGUCUUUGAAAAGGAAAACAAAAUAAAAGAAGGUCUCUACAUGAUGGGAUUGAAAGAUGAGAUUUUCUAUCUCUCUUGGUUUAUAACAUAUGCAUUGCAGUUUGCAAUUUCUUCCGCGAUCAUUACUCUUUGCACAAUGAAUAGUCUUUUCAAGUACAGUGACAAGUCCCUGGUGUUCGUCUACUUCUUCGCUUUUGGUCUCAGUUCAAUAAUGCUGUCCUUCCUAAUCUCAACUUUCUUCUCACGGGCUAAAACAGCUGUGGCAGUUGGGACUCUUUCUUUCCUUGGGGCCUUCUUCCCCUACUAUACUGUCAAUGAUGAAGCUGUAUCUAUGUUAGUCUUGCUCCUUGGUCAAAUAACUGUUUUUCCUUUCCAACUAGCAAAGUAUUCAUUUCUUGAAUAUACUUGCAGGGCAUUGAAGGUUAUCGCUUCAUUUUUGUCACCAACAGCCUUUGCUUUGGGAUCUGUAAACUUUGCUGACUAUGAACGUGCUCAUGUUGGACUCCGUUGGAGCAAUAUCUGGAGGGAGUCAUCUGGAGUUUCGUUUUUGGUUUGCCUCCUGAUGAUUUUUUUCGACACAUUAUUGUACUGUGCAAUUGGUCUUUACCUCGAUAAGGUCCUUCCAAAGGAGAGUGGUAUGCGUUACCCUUGGAAUUUUAUUUUUCCGAGCUUUUUGAGGAAGAGAUACUCCAAGGAUCCUUCUUACACAUCAGAGAUGUCAAAUGAGGAAUACCCCGAAGAAAAUCGCAGUCUACUUGGAAAAAGUGUACUUAAUUCAGCCAUUGAAGCAAUCAGUUUAGAGAUGAAACAACAAGAGAUUGAUGAGAGAUGCAUUCAGCUUAGGAAUCUGCACAAAGUGUUUUCUACGAAGAAAGGGUCCUGCUGUGCUGUUAACUCUUUGCAGCUCAAUCUGUAUGAGAAUCAGAUUCUUGCUCUUCUUGGACAUAAUGGCGCUGGGAAGAGCACAACAAUAUCAAUGCUUGUUGGUCUCCUUCCUCCUACUUCUGGCGAUGCUCUAGUAUUUGGAAAGAGCAUCUUAACUGACAUGGAGGAGAUUCGAAAGGUUUUGGGCAUCUGUCCACAAUAUGACAUUCUUUUUCCAGAGCUAACUGUGAAGGAGCAUUUGGAAAUAUUUGCCAGUAUAAAGGGCGUAGAUGAAAAAUCACUUGAUAGCACUGUGAAUGAAAUGAUAGAUGAAGUGGGAUUGGCAGACAAAAUUGGUACUACUGUCAGGGCUCUUUCUGGAGGUAUGAAGAGAAAACUGUCCCUUGGGAUUGCACUGAUUGGUAAUAGUAAGGUAAUUAUUCUUGACGAGCCUACGAGUGGUAUGGACCCGUAUUCAAUGCGUUUGACGUGGCAAUUAAUAAAGAAGAUAAAGAAAGGAAGAAUAAUACUGUUGACGACACACUCCAUGGAUGAAGCUGAUGUUCUGGGAGAUCGCAUUGCUAUCAUGGCUAAUGGUUCCUUAAAAUGUUGUGGAAGUUCCCUUUUCUUGAAGCAUCAGUAUGGGGUUGGCUAUACUCUUACAAUGGUGAAGACUGCGCCAUAUGCUUCUGUUGCUGCUGAUAUUGUACAUCAUCAUAUCCCAUCUGCAACAUGUGUCAGUGAGGUUGGAACUGAAAUUUCCUUCAAGCUUCCACUUUCAUCCUCACCUUUGUUUGAGAACAUGUUUCGAGAGAUAGAACAUUACAUGAGAAGUCCUAGCACUAAUGGGGAAGGUGUUGGUAAUGGGGAUGAUAACUGUGCUUGCAUUGAGAGUUAUGGCAUAUCUGUAACAACUUUGGAGGAAGUAUUCCUGAGAGUGGCUGGUGGGGACUUUGACGCAACUGAAUCCCUUGAAGAAGAAAAAGCUACAGCUCCACCUGAUUGUGAUACCUCUGAUAUUAGUCAAAACUAUGCUCCGCAUGUAUUCCGCUUCAAAAAAUGUCGUACCUUUUUCAGAGUCGCUGGAAUUUUGAUUUCCAUCAUCAUUAGGUCAUGUACCCUCUUUUUCGCGACCGUCUUCAGUAUUUUUAGGUUCUUAGGCAUGCAGUGCUGCUGCUGUUUAAUGAUUUCAAGGUCAACCUUUUGGAAGCAUAUGAAAGCCUUACUCAUUAAGAGAGCCUUAUCAGCUCAGAGAGAUAGGAAAACCCUUGUGUUCCAGUUGUUGAUUCCAGCUGUCUUUUUAUUCAUUGGUCUUCUCUUUCUGAAUCUUAAGCCACAUCCGGAGCAGCAAUCUAUAACAUUCACUACUUCCUACUUCAAUCCUCUAUUAAGUGGUGGAGGUGGUGGAGGCCCAAUCCCUUUUGAUCUGUCUUGGCCAAUUUCUCAAAAGGUUGCAGAGCAUCUCCAUGGCGGCUGGAUUCAGAGGGUUAGGAAGAGUCAGUACAAGUUCCCUGAUCCAGAUGAGGCGCUGAAUGAUGCUAUAAAAGCUGCAGGGCCCACUUUGGGCCCAAAGAUACUGGAAAUGAGUGAAUAUUUAAUGUCUAGCUUCAAUGAAUCUUACGAGUCAAGGUAUGGAGCAGUUGUAAUGAAUAAUCAGGAUGAUCAAGGGAGAAUAGGAUACACUGUUCUACAUAAUAGCUCUUGUCAGCAUGCUGCGCCAACCUAUAUCAAUCUGGUGAACUCAGCGAUACUCAGGCUCGCUACUCUGAAUGAGAAUAUGACAAUAAAAACGCGUAAUCAUCCUCUUCCAUUGACAGAAAGCCAGCACCUCCAACGGCAUGAUCUGGAUGCUUUCUCCGCUGCUAUUAUUGUGAAUAUAGCAUUUUCGUUUGUUCCAGCAUCAUUCGCGGUGGCUAUAGUGAAGGAAAAUGAAGUAAAAGCUAAGCAUCAACAACUCAUUAGUGGGGUUUCUAUACUCUCAUAUUGGGUCUCAACAUAUCUUUGGGAUUUCAUCAGCUUCUUAUUUCCAUCAUCAAUUGCCAUCGUACUGUUUUCGAUAUUCGGUCUUGAUCAAUUUAUUGGAAGGGAUUCCUUCCUCCCCACAACAUUCUUGUUAUUGGAAUAUGGACUGGCAGUUGCAUCGUCAACCUAUUGCCUCACUUUUUUCUUUGCUGACCAUAGUCUGGCACAGAAUGUGGUCCUCUUGGUCCAUUUUUUCAGCGGGCUCAUCCUCAUGGUACUAUCCUUCAUAAUGGGGUUUAUAAAGUCUACAGCACAUGCCAAUUCUAUUCUCAAGAAAUUCUUCAGGUUAUCACCUGGAUUUUGUUUUGCUGAUGGACUAGCUUCACUAGCUCUCUUACGACAAGGGAUGAAGAAUGGAUCUGGUGGUAGAACAUUUGAUUGGAAUGUUACGGGUGCUUCCUUAAGUUAUCUGGCUGCAGAGGCUGUCAUUUAUUUCCUACUUACACUUGUGCUUGAAAUCUUGCCUCCAAAUAAGAUGACUUUACGAACUGCUUAUGAGUGGAUGAGAUUCAAGCUUUCAUGCCCAACUUCUGAUAGUUUGUCACAAACUCUUCUGGAGCCAGCUUUUGGAGAUGUUAUUGAAUUUGAUGAAGACAGUGAUGUCCUAGCCGAGAGAAAUAGGGUACUCUCAGGUUCAACUGAUAAUGCAAUUAUCUAUCUGCGCAAUCUGCGGAAGGUUUAUCCCAGUGGAAAGCAUCAUGUACCAAAAACUGCAGUUCAUUCCUUGACUUUUGCGGUUCAGGAAGGAGAAUGUUUUGGCUUUUUGGGAACCAAUGGAGCAGGAAAGACCACAACACUUUCUAUGCUUUGUGGGGAAGAAUAUCCAACCAGUGGGACGGCAUUUAUAUUUGGCAAAGAUAUAAGAUCAAACCCUAAGGCUGCUCGACAGCGCAUUGGUUACUGUCCUCAAUUUGAUGCUCUACUGGAGUUUCUCACAGUCCAGGAGCAUCUUGAGCUCUUUGCUAGAAUCAAAGGAGUUUCAGAAAGUGAUAUUGAUACGGUUGUUCAAGAAAAACUAGUAGAAUUUGAUUUGUUGAAGCACGCCAUUAAGCCAUCAUUUGCGUUGAGUGGGGGAAACAAGCGUAAGCUAUCAGUUGCCAUUGCUAUGGUUGGGGAUCCUCCUAUUGUUAUUCUUGAUGAGCCAUCAACUGGUAUGGAUCCACUAGCCAAGCGGUUCAUGUGGGAGGUUAUCUCCCGAUUAUCAACUAGACGAGGAAAAACAGCCGUCAUUCUAACUACUCAUAGCAUGAAUGAAGCACAAGCUUUGUGCACAAGGAUUGGAAUUAUGGUUGGAGGCAAACUUCAGUGCAUCGGAAGUCCCCAGCACCUGAAAACUCGAUUUGGCAAUCACCUCGAGCUGGAGGUCAAGCCAACAGAAGUAAGUGCGAUGGACAUGGAAAAUCUUUGCCGAACGAUACAUGAAAAGCUCUUUGAUAUCCCUUCUCAUCGCAGAAGUCUGCUCAGCGAACUUGAGGUUUGCAUUGGAGGAGUGGACUCCAUAGCAUCAGAAAACUCAUCAAUGGCAGAGAUUAGCUUGUCUGAGGAAAUCAUUCUAGCAAUCGGACGAUGGCUUGGAAAUGAAGGUAGAGUACAAGGGCUUGUAUCUGCAACUGCAAACACUUCUUAUCCGGGGGCUAUUGGCGAGCAGCUAUGCGAACAGUUGGUCCGUGAUGGUGGUAUUCCACUACCAGUAUUUUCAGAGUGGUGGUUAACCAUGGAAAAGUUCUCCACCAUUGAUUCUUUCAUUCAGUCCUCAUUCCCUGGUGCGACGUUCCAGGGUUGCAAUGGAUUGAGUGCAAAAUAUCAGCUUCCUUAUGGAGAAGGCCUCUCACUUGCUGAUGCCUUCGGUCACAUAGAACGCAACAGGAGUUCACUGGGGAUCUCGGAGUACAGUAUCGGCCAAUCAACACUCGAAACAAUCUUCAAUCAUUUUGCUGCUAAGCCUUAA